CAAAGGGGCUAGCAGGACAGGUCAGCUAGAUUAUUUCUCCAUCAUCUCAGGACGCUGCAGCAAAUCAGUUGCAAAAAUGUCGCACCUUAGCAUUCUGACCUUCAAAUACAAUCUAGCGAAGCUCCAGUUCAAGCCUGCCCGGCCGACCGGACGGCAGCUGUCCUCCAGGGACCGGCAGCCCUCCGACCUGAUGAUGUACAAGCCUGAUGACGAGGAGAUGAAGAAAGUCUUCAACAAGAUAGCAGGCGAGCCAGGCCGGAUCUCCAGGAGCGAUCUCCGGGCACUCCUGCAGAGGUUCGAGAAAACCGACCCUGUCGGUGACGCGAGGCGGAUGGUCUGCGCGGCCGACAACAACAAGGAUGGGUACAUUGACCUGGAAGAGUUCAUGGAGGUGCACAGGAGCGGCGUGCAGGUGAGGGACAUACGCCGUGCGUUCUUCGUGUUUGACAGGGACCGGGACGGCAAGAUCAGCGCCGAGGAGGUGAUGGACGUGCUGCAGAAGCUGGGGGAGAGGUGCAGCCUCGAGGAGUGCCGGAGGAUGGUGAAGGAGAUUGACAGGAACCAAGAUGGGUUCGUGGACAUGGAUGAUUUCAUGGACAUGAUGACUGGCCCAAGAAAGAAGCCUUGAGCAUCCUGACGUAAAAUUGUGAUCAUGCCUACGUAGUACGUACUCAGGUCAAUAAAUCUACCAGGCUGACCGAUGCUGCUGGUUUAGCUCGUCUCAAUUGCGUGUAACAACACUAGAGCUUGUAAAACAUGAUGAGGCAACAUAAUAAUAAAACGAGUACUCGUGUAUGUUUGCAAUCUUAA